AACACCAGCACAGCCACACCAGCACAGCUCCAGCGCUCAGACUGGAAGCACACCGGGAUGCUUUGGGGCUCCCAGCACCCCAGGCUCUCACCUGGCUUCACCUCGAGCCAGCUCACACCUCGGGCAGUGAGCAAAGCAGUGUGAAAGCUGUCAUCACCUCCCUGUGCAUCACCAGAACUGCCUGCAGCUUCCAGGGCUGCGAGCAUCCCGGGUCGACAAGGCAGCACCUGUGGGACAGGUCUGGUGGCAGCGGGUUUGGUCACCCCAUCAUCGGUCACACAAGAGGUGCUUGUGGAGCUCGGGGAUCAUCCCUGCAGCUGUUGGUGUGAGUUAGAGGGCUCUGCCCCGCUCUAUAUGGCCAGGAGCUGCAAUGCAAUGCAAUGCACAAAAAAAGGGUUUGAGAGAUGGGGCAGAGCAGGGCUUAAAGGAUGCAUGGGUAGGGAUGGCUGCUGCAAUAAGGAGCAGCACCUGAGCAUCGUGCUUUUGGCUCUGCUCAUCGGCACGCCGCACGUGAUGAGCUGCUGCCGCUGCUGCAUUCUUGGAUGAAGUGUGGACCUGUGGUCUGUUCUCGAGCAAAGGAGUUUCAUCACCAUUCUGAUGCUGUGAGCUGUGUCUGACGCUCCAGGAGCAGGCGGCUCAACCCAGGAUGAGCAGUGAGGAGUUUUGCAAGGCCAAGGUGUAAGAGGAGCUGCUUCCACGUUGGGCUGCCCAUGAGGAGUCACCACGUUCUCAUCCUGAUUAAUGACCCUCGUGAGGAAGCACGGCUCUGGCUGAGGAGCUGAAGGGCUUUUUGGCUCCAUGCAGGCAGAGUAUCCACUGAUCUUGGCACAAACUCAAUGCAGACUCCGUCGUUUGGGGGCCAUCCUGAGGAUUUGGCUGCCAAAACCACAUCUGUCCUCAACUUGCCUCAUUUGGCAACCAUCGGGAGAGGAUUCUGCCGGGGGAGGGCAGGAAGAUUGAGUCCUGUGUAGGGGAGUGAUGGGCCAGAGAUGAGGGCAGGAGGACGAGCCCUGGUCUCUCCACACAGAUCCCAGCAUCUUUUGGGCACAGCAUCCCCUGGGCACAGCAUCCUUUGGGCACAGCAUCCUUUGGGCACAGCAACCCCUGGGCACAGCAUCCUUUGGGCCCAGCAUUUUGGCACAGCAUCCUUUGGGCACAGCAUUGCACAGAUGCACAGAUGCUGAGCACUGCAGGACACAUCCCUCUCCUCCUGACCUCCUUCAGCACUGCCAGCUCUCCCUUUGGUUCUUCUCCCCAGAGAGUGUUCCAGCAGUUCUAACGUAACCAUGAAGAGUUGCAGGCUGCCCUAUGGCUGUUUUUAGGUUCAAACCUGGUGAGCAAACACCCUCCUGCAGCCAUCCCACUGCAGGGAAAAGCCUGGGAUGCUGCAGCUCUUCUUGCACCUGAGCCUUGGAAGGGAACGGCCGAUGCUGAGCUCUCUCUGAAGGCUCUGUGCAGCUCCCAGCCCUGCUGAGCUGCAGUGCAUCCCAGUGCUGGGCUUUGCCAUAACACGCUCAGGGAACUUCUCAGCGCUGACCCACGCGUGGGCAGUUCCUGCCUUGUGCAAUCCCUCCAUGGCUGCAGCUGGAAAAUGAGCCUGGAUGUGUCAUUCGGGGUGACUGAUCCCCACUGGUGCUUUGGGAGUGAGAGGGAUGGAAACAAGACAGGGAUUGCUGCUGCUCAUCUCCACUGGGGCUCCAGACCUGCUCAGCUGGGUGACCUGGGGGCAGAUGGAGCAGCGCUCACCUCAAACCACCGGAUGGGACAAAGUAGAACCACGGGCGAAUCUCCUCCAGGAGCACCCCAGGAAGCCAAGCAGCACUCAGCAGUGCGCAACCAGAGGUGCUGAGGCAGAGAGGUUCUUCCCUCCCACCACCCCCUGUAGUUUGGCAGCUCCAAAACAGCAGAACUGGGGCGAAACGCACAACAGCAGAGCAAUGGAUGCGGUUGCAGGGAGAAAUCGCUCAGUGCAACACUCAGAGGUCACGACAAAGGUUGGGGUUUGCCAAUGCUGUCUCUCACCUUGGUGCCAUACAGCACCCUGCGAGGGCCCCUCGUCCUUUUGGGACACGAUGUUGGCGCUGCUCAUAGCACAGCUUGGGGCUCAGCUCUAAUUUUAGGUGCGUAAUGGAGCUGCAUGAUGCAUGGAUGGUGUAAAUAGCUCAGCAAGGAGUCCCCUGUUUUCAUUGCGAAUUGCAAAUAAAGGCGUCUGGAAUGCGGUGCUGCUCUGGGCCAUGGGCUGAGGCGGGCAUUAGUGGGUGAAUCAGGGCAGGGAUGAAUGAAGGAGCCAGGAAGGCGCUUCCUGGUGCCAAGUGGCCGCAACGUCUCUGUAGCUGAAUGACCACAGAGAAGCUGUCCUGAGGACUCACCUGAUCCAAACCCAACUCAUCCAUCCCAAAGGUUCCCGAGUAAGCUCCAGCCGUGGAGCUUGGUCCGUUUUGCUCUGCCAAAAUGAGGAGGGAAUGGUGUCAGGGCGCAAAGCCAGCGCUUUGGGCACUGGGAUGCUGCAGAUUGAGGGGCUGCUCAGCCCCACAGCAGCCAGAGUUCCUCUUCUCCCCCCUGCACACCCCCAGUGUGGCUGUCCCCAUGCUGUCCCUUCAUCCCCAUGCUGUCUCCUUGCUGUCCACCAGGACCCAGAAGGAAGAUCCGCUCCCGGAUUUGGGUCUGGAUGGAGCAGGGCUGCUGGCCCGCCCCACAGAACCACACUGUUGUUUCUCUCCCCCAAAGCCCUGUACACGGACCCCGACUCCUGCAGGGGACGCUGCGAGGAACCCUACAGCCACGAGGAUGAGUGCCACUGCGACGCCGACUGCCGGAGCCGCAACAGCUGCUGCUGGGAUUACCUGGAGCACUGCGGGGAGGGUGAGGAAGCGGUGCACAGACGUGCUGAAGAGCACUUCUCCAGCAGCCACGAUGCCAUCAGCGAUGAGGAGCUGCUCCACGUCUCCGAGCAGCUCUAUGGGGCGGAUCGCAACAAGGCUCAACCCAAAGACAUCGCCAUCAACCCACAGCACCAGGUUGACCCCGACCAAACGGGGCUCCAGGAGGAUCGCUCCCCCGAGCCGCUCUACGCAUACGUCAACGAGAAGCUCUUCUCCAAACCCACCUACGCCAGCUUCAUCCGUUUGCUGGACAACUACCAGAGGGCGACGGGUCGUGAGGAGGAGGUGACGGCCGAGGAGCUGCAGGAGCAGAACGUCUUCCUCCGGGAGGUGAUGAAGACGGAGCUCAUGAAGAAACUUUUUGCUUUCCUCCAUCAAAAAAAUCGUUACAGCUCCGAGGAGGAAUUCCUGCAGGAUCUGAAGGAGAUGUGGUUUGGGCUCUACUCCCGAGGUGAUGGAGAGAAGGACUCCAGCGGCUUCGAGCACGUCUUCUCAGGGGAGAUUAAGAAAGGGAAAGUGAGUGGAUUUCACAACUGGAUCCGCUUCUACCUCCUGGAAAAGCAGGGACUGGUCAACUACUUCAGCCACAACUUUGAUGGGCCGUGGGACACCUACCCUGAUGUACUGGGGCUGCAGUUCAGCUGGGACGGCUUCUACAAGGAGGUGGGCUCUGCCUUCAUCGGCUGCAGCCCCGAGUUUGAAUUUGGCAUCUACACGUUGUGCUUCAUUGCCCGACCUGGGAGGGCAUGUCACCUGAGCUUGGGUGGCCACGGCGUCAGCAUCCAGACCUACACCUGGACCAAGUCCACCUAUGGCCAUGGCAAGAAAUACAUCGCCACUGCCUAUGUCAUCUCACCCUGAGCCCAUCCACGUCCCGGCCAGGAGGAACGGGGCAUCUGCAGCCCCUCUGCUCCGGGGCCAUGGGCUGCCCCACAGCACGGCCCCCUAUAUGGGGCAGGAGUGAUCCUGCCCUGGGAGACGGAUGGCCACGGGACCUGUGUGGAGCAGGACAGCCCAUAUGGAGGCUGUGGGGGGAUGGAGGUGGCAGCCCCGGUGCCAUGGAGUGUGGCACUGCCUGCUGACAGCAGGAGAGCCGGGGAGCUGCGAGGGAUUUGCAGUGGACAGAAGCAACCUCAAGUGGAAUAAAU